ACGAGUCAUUCAAACGUUCCUGAUGGUUUCUCCUCCGCAGGUGAUUCCCUUCGCUGGGACCCUCCUGGGGGGUUUGGUUCCAGGGGAGAUGGUUCUCAUUCAGGGCUCCGUGCUGUCAGACGCUGACAGGUUCCAGGUGGAUUUCACGUGUGGCAGCAGCGUCAAGCCGAGGGCCGACGUAGCAUUUCACUUCAACCCGAGGUUCCUGAGGUCUCCGUGUAUUGUGUGUAACUCGCUGCAGAGGGAGCGCUGGGGCCGAGAGCAGAUCCUGUACCAGAUGCCCUUCACCACCGGGGGAGCCUUCGAGCUUAUCGUGCUCAUCCUAAAAGACAAAUUCAAGGUGGCUGUGAACGGAGUGCAUGUGUUGGAGUACAAACACCGACAGGAGCUGGAGCGGGUCGACACUCUCCGUGUUUCUGGAAAGGUCAGACUGGAGGUCGUGGGCGUCGCCGCGCCGAGCACUAGUUCUCCUGCUGCCAGUCUGACCAACCAGGAGACAAACCCGGUUUUCUCCUCAACAGGCAACUUGGUGAGUUUCACUGAUGCAUGA